AUGGCAUGCCUUCAAAAACUGAGACAAGAUGUUGCAACGUUAGAGUCUCUGUUUCCAAAAGAACACGAACGUUUUCAGGUGCUAUCAGCAUCUGUUGAUGAGAUUACCGUCCAAUUCAUUAAUCCCCAAAACAAACCAAUUGUCGUUACUGCUAAUGUUCUAGAAAAUUAUCCGCAUGUUGCACCUAUCUGGUUUAGUGAGUGUGAUGACUCAACAGUUACAGCUAUUUUGCAAUCACUAACUGAAGCGGAAGCACCAUGCUACAUUUUACCACAAACGCAUGAGCUUGUCUCACGCUUGUGUUCCUAUUAUAAUGUUACAAUACCCACUGAAUUGAUCUCUAUUGGCCCCGUUGGAGAUGAAAGGGAUGAGGGAAUGGAGAGUGACGAUGACUAUAUUUUAAUGGAGGAGGAAACAACAUCCCGCAAAGAUGCAGGAGAUGAUGAAGAUUUGUCAGCAGAACAAAAAGCAGUAUUUGCGAGGCUUAACCAUGUACAGCGUGAGCAGCAUUUGACGGGUGCUGCAGCCGGUUCUGUGACGGCUACCGAUAGACUGAUGAAGGAACUGAAAGAUAUAUACCGCUCGGAUCAUUUCAAGAAUGGUGUAUAUUCGGUAGAGCUGGUAAUGGAUAGCCUUUAUGAAUGGCAUGUGAAGUUAAAAAAGGUGGAUCCUGACAGCAGUCUAGCUCACGAUAUGAAAAUGAUGAUAAGGAAAGAAUCGCAGGAUUACCUUUUGUUUCAUUUCUUGUUCAAGGAUACAUUUCCUUUCGAACCGCCAUUCGUACGCUUAGUUUCCCCAACAAUUACGAAUGGAUUUGUUUUGGGAGGUGGCGCUAUUUGCAUGGAACUGUUAACAAGGCAAGGAUGGUCAAGUGCAUAUAGCAUCGAAUCCUUGAUCUUGCAAAUUGCCGCUACUUUAGUGAAAGGAAAGGCACGCAUCAAUUUCUCAGUUAAAGGACAGUAUACUUUGGCUCGAGCACAACAUGCAUUUUCAUUACUUGUGCAGACUCAUGCAAAAUCUGGGUGGUUCACACCUCCUCAGGCAGAUGGAUAA